UGCUUCUUUAACACCUACAGGCGGUCAGCCGGGUCAUCAGGUAUGUCAAAUAACGGUAUUGUGCCGAAUGGCGUAUCGAAAUGAAUUCUGACUGGUAAACUAUCAGAUCCGCGACUGCCCUAACCGCGGCCCUCCUAAGUGGUGAGCCAUUUGCGUGCCCCUCAUUGGCUGGGACUCAAGUACUGAUAAGUUUGCAGCUACAACUGUGGCGGUGAGGGACAUAUCAGUAAGCCACUAAACGCCUUUUUUUUUUUAGUCUAAAUCGAGCAAUCCUUGACUAAUGAUUUUAGGCCGUGAGUGUCCCGACGGUCCUAAGGAAGCCAAGUCCUGCUAUCGCUGCGGUCAAUCCGGCCACAUCAGCCGUGAUUGUUCCCAAGGUGGUAGCGGUAUGGGUGGCCAGGGUGGUUCGCAGGAAUGCUACAAGGUAGGACAUAGGAAUAUUUGCGCCUGGUUUCCCGUUAUACAGCUGACUCUUGGAUUUAGUGUGGCAAGGUCGGUCACAUUGCGCGCAACUGCCCUGACGCAUACGGCUCAGGCGGCAGCUACGGAGGCUACAGCGGCAACAACAGCGGUGGUGGCUUCGGUGGAAACCAAGGCGGCAAGACUUGUUACUCUUGCGGUGGCUACGGCCACAUGUCUCGUAAGUGGGCUUGAGGACUCGAAGUUAUUCCUUCUAAUUUAGUUAUAGGCGAGUGUAUCAAUGGCAGCAAGUGCUACAACUGUGGUGAGAACGGUCACUUUUCCCGCGAUUGCCCCAAGGCUUCAACCGGAGGCGAGAAAAUCUGCUAUAAGU